UAAAAAGAGAACAUCGUCUUUGCUACUAGGUUAAAAAAAUCACGCGUGAAGAAGCGCGUUUACUCUACUCUACAAACACUCUUACUCUCCGAGACAUCGUCUCUGUUUCUUUAAUGGUCGGUGAAGAACCGUGAUUUGCUCCAACUUCAGCAAAUACUACAAAAAAACAAACAAAAAUAAAGCUUUCAAUCUCCAUCCUCCCGUUAUUACCGCCACGUGUUUCUCUCCAUCUGUCUUCUUCUCUCUUUUUCAUCUCUUCUCUCCAAAAAAUCUUAAUCACUCUAAUUCACUCCCAAUCAAUCGAAACACAGAGAGAGAGAGACGAAACCUAUUUCGAUUCUCCCCCAAUCACUAUGGUGGGUGAGUUCUGAUUUUUCCCGAAUCUAAACAAUGUUAUUAAAACCGAAGAUGAUGAUUAGCUCAUGGCUUGGCAAAGAUGUCAAGAAGAUUCUCAAACGCAAAGACAGUGAUGCUGGUGAAAAAGGGAAAGCAUUGGAGGACUUGCGAGCAUCUUUAUUCAACAGAUUCCGUUCACCGGAGACUCCAAAGAGACAACAGCAGCAACAACAACAACAGUCACACCGUAUCUGUGGUCCAACGGUUGCUCUCACUUUCAACUUCUUCGUUGCUAUUAGCAUUAUCUUCAUGAACAAAUGGGUGCUUAAAAACAUAGGCUUUGAGUUCCCAGUGUUCCUCACAUUCAUCCACUACAUUGUGGCUUUUCUACUAAUGGCUCUUCUCAAAUCAUUCUCCCUUCUUCCCGCUCCACCACCUUCCUCGAAGUCAUCCUCUCUUUCGCUCUACACUCUUGGCAUUGUUAUGUCUCUCUCUACUGGUCUCGCUAAUGUUAGCCUCAAGUAUAACAGUGUUGGAUUCUACCAGAUGGCGAAAAUCGCGGUCACGCCUUCUAUUGUGUUUGCAGAGUUCUUGUGGUUUAGAAAGAGAGUUUCUUUCAUGAAGGUGGUUGCACUUACAGUUGUAUCUGUUGGAGUAGCGGUUGCAACUGUAACAGAUUUACAGUUUAGUCUGUUUGGUGCUUGUGUGGCUUUAGCAUGGAUCAUACCUAGCGCUACCAACAAAAUCUUAUGGUCAAACAUGCAACAACGAGAAAACUGGACCGCAUUAGCGUUAAUGUGGAAGACAACUCCAAUCACUCUCUUGUUUCUAGUAUCAAUGAUACCCUUCUUGGAUCCACCAGGCGCUCUGUCCUUCGACUGGAGCCUUGCCAACACAUCCGCCAUUUUCGUUUCAGCUUUUCUUGGUUUCUUUCUUCAGUGGUCAGGAGCUUUAGCUCUCGGAGCAACUUCUGCAAUCACGCACGUUGUGCUAGGACAAUUCAAGACAUGUGUCCUCCUACUUGGGAACUUCUACAUUUUCGGGUCGAAUAGUGGUGUGGUUAGCGUUUGCGGUGCGAUUGUGGCGAUUAUAGGGACGUCGUUGUAUACUUACCUUAACACAAGAAGUCAAUCUCUGAAGGCUUUGGCUCCUUCUCCUUCAGACAAGAAGUCAAGAUUCAGUGAGCUUAUUAAGGAUGAUGAGAAGAGUCUUGAACCUUACGGCUCAGACGCGGUUUAGACUAGUCUUUUAACAUUUACUUUUUAGUAUAGUUUUAAUUGAUUUUUCUACGUUCACUACUUAUUUAGAUUCGAAUUUUCAACUUUUUGGUCCCCUUUUUUCUUUGUGUUGAUUCUAAUUUCUAAUUUUAUCCCUGGAAAUAAUCAAUUGUUUUCUUUUGGUAGCAAGUGUUUCAAUUUAAAGGUUAUGUUCUGUUUUCUUUUGUCAAUUUUGAAGGUCUAUAUGGGCUGUAUUUUGAACUUUUAAUAAUUUUUCAGAUAAAUAAUUUAUUAUCCCACAUUUCAAGUUUAUAAUAGUAGAAAGUUUUUUGUCUAACAAAAUAAAGAAUCCAG